CUUUGCUGCUGUUCCGGUUCAGGUGUGACGAUGAAGUGACCCACCUGGCCAGAUCUGAGAAAACCCGGCAAAGUUCCUAUCAGUUCAGGAAACAACUAUAAUUCUUCACCAAUUAAGCCGAAUUUUAAAGCUCCUCGGGCAUGGAUAAAUUAAAGUCGGUUCUGAGCGGUGAGGAGGCGCGCAGAGAUGACCGGAACAUUAUACAGCAAAUGAACCAAGCUUCGACUUUAGGCUGGGGCACACGUAUAAAGGGAUUCAUCGCCUGCUUCGUGGUGGGAGCUGCAUGCACAGUUCUGGGAGUGUGUGUGCUCUUCCUCCCCAAGAUUGGGAUCACUCUCUUUAUUGUCUUUUACACAUUUGGCAACAUAUGUGCUCUGUGCAGCACAAUGUUUCUGAUGGGCCCAAUGAAGCAGCUGAAAAGGAUGUGUGACAAAACAAGAGCGCUGGCUACUACCCUUAUGUUGACUUGUCUCGUUCUGACUCUCUGUGCGGCUUUCUGGUGGAAGAACUUUGGACUUGCUUUGUUGUUUGUUAUCUUGCAAGUCUUGUCAUUUACCUGGUACAGCUUGUCAUACAUCCCAUGUGUGAGAGAAGCAAUCAUGAGGAUGCUGGCCAUGUGCAUGAAAUAGGCCAUGUGUGU